UUUGAUGAUCUCUAUUCUUUUUCCUUUUCUACUGAUUUCGUGUUCAAUUAGUCUGAAGAAAAGCUCUGUAUUUUUUUUUCUUUUUCAAAAAAAAAGUUAACUUUUUGAUUAAACAAACAAUAUUUGUUUUUGACACAGUUUAAAGCUGCAACGAAAUCGCCAUUUUCAGAAAAGAAAAGAGUGUGUGUGGCGCAGGAUAAGACUUCACACACUCUUGCUACUUUCAAGCAAACUAUUCACACAUAAUUUCAGAUUAAAAAAAAAGAGUUUUAAAUUUCUUUUCUUUUAUGAUGAUGAUGAUGAUUAUAUUUUCAUUAAAAACAAGCACACUUUGAUGAUAACAACCCAGAAAGAAUAGAGAGAGAGCCGACCCAGUGGCUCAUGCUUUGGUUGGCGUGCUUUGAUGUAAAAUGAUCUGUUUCUAUUGUGUUUUCUCAAAAAGGCCCACCUUCGAAAAGAUUUCUUAAGCUCCUUUUUGCAGGUUUUUGUUGCUCGUUUCAAUUUGUUUGGACUCUAUUAUGGCUUCUUUUACUUUUCUUUUGUGUCUCAUUUAGAUUGCUCCUUCAGAUUCCCUUUUAACAUGGCUCUAUUAGCUUCUAAAUUCUGGGGUAGUUUGUGGGUGGAGAUGUGAAGUGAAGAUGGGAGUUUCUGAAUAUGAGUUCUUCUUGUUGAAGUAGAGAAUAAGAGGGAAAGUUUGUAGCUUUUGAACAAGAAGAUGGGUUCUGUUGAAGAGAAAAUUAAAACAGGGAGCUUGGUUACUGGAGCUCAACCCAAUCUGCUUGAAGAAAUGAAGCUGUUCAAAGAAAUUCAGGACCAUUCUGGGUCUCGCAAGAAUAUAAACUCGGAGCUGUGGUACGCCUGUGCAGGUCCACUUGUUUCUUUGCCUCAUGUUGGCAGUCUUGUGUAUUAUUUCCCUCAAGGACACAGUGAACAGGUGGCAGUGUCUACGAAAAGGACAGCAACUUCGCAAAUUCCGAACUACCCAAAUCUUGCUUCUCAGUUGUUGUGCCAAGUUCAUAAUGUUACCUUACAUGCCGACAAAGACACCGAUGAAAUUUAUGCACAGAUGAGUCUUCAACCAGUGAACUCUGAAAAAGAUGUGUUCCCUAUACCGGAUUUCGGGUUAAAGCCUAGCAAACAUCCGAGUGAAUUUUUCUGCAAAACCUUGACCGCAAGUGAUACGAGCACACAUGGUGGAUUCUCAGUGCCACGGAGGGCAGCAGAGAAGCUCUUUCCCCCAUUGGAUUUCACUAUGCAACCACCUACUCAAGAGCUUGUUGUUAGAGACUUGCAUGAUAAUACCUGGACAUUUCGCCAUAUAUAUCGCGGGCAGCCGAAGCGUCACCUUCUUACAACUGGGUGGAGUUUAUUUGUUGGAUCAAAAAGGCUUAAAGCCGGGGAUUCUGUGCUUUUUAUCAGAGAUGAGAAGUCACAGUUAUUGGUGGGUGUGAGGCGUGCAAAUCGUCAACAAACAACAUUACCGUCAUCAGUUCUUUCAGCUGAUAGCAUGCAUAUUGGUGUUCUUGCAGCCGCAGCACAUGCUGCUGCUAAUCGAAGCCCUUUCACCAUUUUUUACAACCCAAGGUUUAUUGAAUUUGCAUUAUCAUUUAUAACUGUCCUUUCAUGGCGUGUAGUUUCUGAAUAUACUGCUAACCAUAUCCUCUUCACAAUUUAUAGGGCUUGCCCUUCUGAGUUUGUCAUUCCUUUAUCUAAAUUUCGAAAAGCGGUGUUCGCUACCCAAGUUUCAGUGGGUAUGCGGUUUGGCAUGAUGUUUGAGACCGAUGAGUCAGGGAAGCGCAGAUAUAUGGGAACAAUAGUUGGUAUUAGUGACGUGGAUCCGCUUAGAUGGCCUGGCUCCAAAUGGCGAAAUCUCCAGGUAGAGUGGGACGAGCCAGGAUGCUCUGAUAAGCAGAACAGAGUUAGUUCAUGGGAAAUCGAAACUCCUGAAAGUCUCUUCAUUUUCCCUUCUCUGACUUCCGGUCUCAAACGACCUCUGCAUUCAGGUUAUUUAGCAGGAGAAACAGAAUGGGGUAACUUAAUUAAAAGACCGCUUAUGUGGCUUCCUGAAAGUUCCAAUGGGAAUUUUUCAUAUCCUUCAAUUCCAAAUUUGUGUUCUGAUAGACUUUAUAAGAUGAUAACAAAACCCCAAUAUGUCAACUAUCCUGGAAUAUAUGAGUCUGGCCGACAAGAAUUCUCUGCUGCCAAGGCUGCUUCUCUAGACAAUGUUAAGACCAUGCAGCUUAACCAAUCCGUCAUUACAUCAUCUGUAGAGUAUCAAAAUCAGACCCAGUUCUGCCACAAUCCAUCCGACUCCUUUAACUCAUCUACAUCGACAAUGAAUAUGACAGGAAAUAUACAUUUGCCUUGCGAGAUUGAUAAUCAAGUAGAAAAGUCAAAAACAGAAACUCAGAAUUCUGCAGAUCAGUUUACCUCUGUAAGAGAAUGCAGUGAGGAAAAACCAUAUUCGAGUUUUACAAAUCCGCAAAACUGUGGGAACCAGCUAGAAGGUCAAAAUCAAAACCAGAAUCAUUUGCAUGCUCAAGCCGGUCUUUGGCCUGUGCAGUCGAGUUUUGAGCCUUCUGUGUUGCAACCCCAGCAAAUUCAGCCUCAUGCUGAUUCUAAUACCUUAAAUGGCUCGCUUCCUUUCCUGGAUACCGAUGAAUGGAUGUCGAAUCCUUCUUGUAUAUCUUUCCCCGGGAUGUACGGAUCGGUGUCGUUGCCAAUGUUUGGAUUGCAAGAACCAUCAACUAUACUCCCCGAGGUUAUAAAUCCAUCCGUACCUUUGAUGAAUCCAGAUUUGUGGGAUCAGCAGCUGAACAAUUUGAGAUUUUUAUCCCCAACGAGCCAAGUGAUUCCUCAAGAUUCAUGUAGCCUUAACCCAACAGUAGCAAAGGCUUCAUCGGAUGAGAGUAACGAUCAAAGUGGAAUUUACGGUUCUCUUAAUGUUGAUCCCGGUAAUGGGGGAAGUACAGUGAUGGACGCUUCAGUCUCAAAUGCCAUAUUGGACGAGUUCUGUGCAGCCAAGGAUGCGGAUUUCCGAAAUCCUUCAGAAUGUGUGAUCGGUAAAGAGGUGUUCAGCACAAGUCAGGAUGUCCAGUCUCAGAUUACAUCAGCAAGCCUGGCAGAGUCUCAAGCUUUCUCGCAGCAAGACUUUCCGGACAGCUCAGGAGGUACAUCUUCUAGCAAUGUGGAAUUCGACAAGUGCAACUAUGCGCAGAAUAAUUCAUGGCAGCAAGUUGCUCCGCGAGUCAGAACAUACACUAAGGUUCAAAAAGCUGGCUCUGUUGGAAGGUCAAUUGAUGUUUCGAGUUUUAAAAACUAUGAAGAACUGUGUUGUGCAAUUGAGUGCAUGUUUGGACUUGAAGGGCUGCUUAAUAACCCAAGGGAAUCGGGAUGGAAGCUGGUGUAUGUCGACUAUGAAAAUGACGUUCUACUUAUUGGAGAUGAUCCUUGGGAGGAAUUUGUUGGCUGCGUUCGCUGCGUAAGGAUUUUGUCACCUUCUGAGGUUCAGCAGAUGAGUGAGGAAGGAAUGAAGCUUCUGAAAAGUGCUAAUAUCCAGAGUCUCACAGCUUCUGUUUCAGACGGUAGUCAUGCUCGCGAUCAACUCUGAUUAAAAAAUGGCUUUGUUUUUCUGCGCUGGGACAUCAUCAAAAGCUCUCAUUUGGUUAGCACUUUGCUUGAAAUUAUUAUUGAUACCAUUGAUGGUGACAAACAUUGCAAUUUGCCUUCACAUUGUUAAGGUGGAUUUAGAUGUAUGAACAUAGCAGUUAUUUAUAGCUAAUGUAUGAAUAGUUUGUGGUACAUCUUGUUUAGCAGAGCUGUAUCUGUUUGUGCCGUUCUCACAAGUGUAUUAUUGUAAUGGAAUGUAAUGCUAGUCGAAAACAGUGAGGCUAAUUCUGUC